UGACAUCAGACCCCCGGGGCGGGCUCGGCCGAGGAAUUUGAUUGGACGAGAGGAGCUGGGCGUGGCCACCGCGUGUCCGGCUCCCGUCUAGGUGGGCUCAGCCCGAAGCGAGCGUCGUGGUGUGUAAGCGUCGCAGGCUUGCGCCCCAACCUCCCUGAGUCGCGGGCCGUGAUGCUUGAGCGGGGGAGCUCCGCCUGCUAACCGAGGCGAGAGAGCCUCGUGCGACCGACAGACAAGAAUUAGUCUUUUAUUUUUCUUCAAAAGGUCACCGGAGGUUGUCUACAAGUGUCGUGUUCAUUGCGGUGGAUGUUGCCCGCUGGGCAGGCCUCUGUUUAGGGGCACUCGCGGGCGAGUAGCGAGCCCCACGAGGUGCGGGAAGAGGCCGGGGUCGACCUCUCUCUCGCCAUGGGCGACUUCAGUGCGCGGCUCACGCAGUACCUGGAGGGGAGGAUCUCGUUCGAGGAGUUCGAAAGGCUGCACGGAGACGCGGUAGGCUUGGUGGGAGGAGAAGAAGAUGAUGACCAGCGGCCUGGCUGCUCAAGUCGGCCUCGUCUACAGGAGGUUGUCGCCUCACGCAAGCCCUCGGACUCUGACGGGUCGUCAGACGAGGCUGCAGAUGGCGUCAGCAAGAAGGUGCAGAGGGCCUUUGACCUGAUGAUGGAGAACCGUGUGACGGGGAGCGAGGAGGAGGUGGCAGACAACGAGGACCUCGAGACAGGAGAUGUCUUUGCUCUCGAGAUGGAGCUGCAGAGGGAGCACAAACGCUUGCAAAAGGAAAGACUUCCACGGAGCAAACUCCCAAAGGUACUGCGAGGCUUGAUGGGAGAGGCAAAUAUUCGUUUUGCACGUGGCGAACACGAGGAAACCAUCAAGAUGUGCAUGGAAAUUAUUCGGCAAGCUCCAUUGGCCCAUGAGCCCUUCUCCACGCUGGCCAUGUUGUACGAGGACUGUGGGGACAUGGAGAAGUCUCUGCAGUUCGGCCUCAUCGCCGCCUACCUGAACCCCAGCGACCCCGAGGAAUGGGUCAAACUCGCCGAGCUCUCCUUGGAGCAGGACAACAUCAAGCAAGCCAUUUUCUGUUACACCAAAGCCAUCAAGUACUCGCCGAGCAACACUCAGUAUCUGUGGGAGCGAUCCAACCUCUACGAGCAGCUGGGAGAGCACAAGCAGGCCAUGGAUGGCUACCGGCGCAUCCUGGCGCUGCUGCCGGAAUCCGAGGGCGAACACUUCAUGCAGAUCACCCGCGACAUGGCCAAGAGUUACUACGAGAGCAAGGACGUGGCUGGUGCCAUUGGUCUGAUGGAAGAUGCUCUGCUCAAGCACCCAAACCUGGUCACCAUGGAGGAUCUGCACAUGACGGCAGAGCUGUACAUUGUCAGCAAGCAGUUUGAGAAGGCAUUGCAGGUAAUAACAAAAUUUGCAAAAAUCAACCUGGAAGAAGAAAAGGAUGGACAGGCUGAAGCAGGAGAGAUAAAGUCGUGCACAAUUCCAGAGAACAUCCCCGUAGAUGUGAAGGCAAAACUAAUGGUGUGCCUCAUUCACCUGAAGAUUAUGGGUCCAGUUAAGACGCUGGUCUCCUGGCUGAUGGAGCAAAACCCCGAGGACAUGGGCGACCUCUACCUGGACGUAGCCGAGGCCUUCCUGGAGGUCGGGGAGUACAACUCGGCCCUGCCGCUGCUCGCCUCCCUUGUCUGCUCCGAGCGAUACAACCUCGCCGCCGUCUGGCUCCGUCAUGCCGAGUGCCUGAAUGCAUUGGGCCUGACGCAGCGGGCUGCCGAGAGCUACAACCAGGUGGUGGCCCUUGCCCCCAUGCACCUGGGAGCCCGGAUGUCUCUGUCCGCGCUGCAGCAGCAGCUGGGCCAGCCCGAGAAGGCGCUGGAGGCCCUCAACGCCCCACACACAGACGAGCUGUCUGACUGCGAGGACACCGCAAAGCAGGAAAUUCAGUUGCUGUUGCACCGAUCAAUUCUGCUAUGUUCUCAACGGAAAAUGGCCGACUGUGUGGACACACACCUCAUGUUACUCUCGAUGCUCCUGAAGGGGGCCAUGGUCAGGUCGCAGGUGUCUGUGGUGUCCAGCACCAAGGAUGGCGCCCGGCACCUCUACCUGUUGAAGAGGUCCGACGAGACGCCUAAGAAGGGCACCAGCUCUGUGCUGGACAACAUGCAAGGUAAGGCCAGCCUGCUGGGCCGAGAGAUCUGGUGGGACCUGCUGCAAAGGGCCGUGUGCGAGCUGGCCAACCUGGGCCGCCACGACGAGGCCGAGUUAUUGUGCGACACCGGCCUGGAGUUCUACUACUUCUACGAGGACCGGCCCAAGCGCAAGGAGCUAGAGAGCCUCGGACUCUCCGCUGCAUUCCUCAGCAAAAACUUCCGCAAGGCGUACAACUACAUUCGAAUCAUCCUCAUGGAGAAUUUAAACAAGCCGCAGCUUUGGAACAUCUUCAACCAGAUAACGGCAAACUCCCAGGACAUCAGACACCAUCGGUUCUGCCUGCGCCUCUUGCUGAAGAACCCAAACAACUUGCCGCUAUGUAUUCUCAAUGGGCACAACGCGUUUGUGGCUGGAAGCUUCAAACACGCACUGGGGCAAUAUGUUCAGGCCUACAGGACUAACACGAAGGAGCCCAUGUUCUGCCUGUGUAUCGGCCUAACCUUUGUUCAUAUGGCAUCUCAGAAGUUCGCCAACAAAAGGCAUCCGCUCAUCAUUCAGGGGUUUUCCUUCUUGAUGCAGUACCUGGAGCUGCGUGGCCAUGGGCAGGAGAGCUACUACAACGUGGGCCGUGCUCUCCAUCAGCUGGGCCUCACCCACCUCGCCAUCCACUACUACCAGCAGACCCUCGCCUGCCCGCCCCCAGAGUGCCAGGGAAUGGAUCCACAGCAGCUGGACUUGAGGAGGGAGGCUGCAUACAACCUCUCCUUGAUCUACCAGAGCAGCGGCAACCCUGAUAUGGCCCGGGCUACCAUCCACAAAUAUAUUGUCAUUUGAUGGACAUUUGCCUGCUGGGGGAUUGGUGCCUUUCCAUUGGCAGCAUUAUCAAGUCCCUCCAUUCAUGGACUGUCUGCAUUUUUUUGGUAUCGGGUUAUUCCUCAGCAGAGAAUAAGUUCUACCAAUAAUCUCAAUAUUGAACUGCAUGUUUUGUUUUUUUCACAUUACAACUCGUAUAGGUUCUACUGCAUUAAAAUGUACUUUUACAAGAAAUCUGACAGUUACAAAGCAUUUUAAAUGACACACUAUUUAAGCCCAAAACAUUAUAUAAUUAAUC